CGCUUUUUCGGUAUUUCGCCUCAUACACGGUCACACCACCGCACUGUGGAUUUUUCGCAAUUUGAUAUUAAUUUUAUUUAAUCGGAUCGAGCAAAAUGUUUCUCACACAAGUCUGCAAGCCCUAGGCACUUGCUUUAAGUUCAACUACAGUCGGUUUGCUGGUGCAGCCCUUCACCUACGCAGGUGAAAAACGUAGAGAAACGACCAGAGCCCUGGUGAAACAGAGGCGGCGAAGGAGUGUCGUUGAAGAGGGAGGAGCAGAGGCGGCGAAAGGCAAAAGUCUUUUAAGGCGAACUAACACAAAAGCCAGGUAACUUAAGCCAUGGAGAGUCCUUGUGAAUCUGAAAGUUCGCUGGAUGGCGGCACCAUGCUCCCCCCGAGUCCAGUUUCCCGAGAGCAGCUCCAGAAGAGGAUCGAAUCGCUGACCCAGCAAAACAAGGUGCUGAAAGCUGAGCUGGACACUUUCAAGACCAAGUGCAAGGUGGUACAGGAGGAGAAUCGCUGCCUCAAACAGGCCUCUGUCAUCAUUCAAGCCAAAGCCGAGCAGGAGGAGGAGUAUAUCUCAAACACGCUACUAAAGAAGAUCCAGGCGCUUAAGAAGGAGAAGGAGACAUUAGCACACCACUACGAGCGCGAGGAGGAGUGCCUGACCAACGAUCUCUCCCGGAAGCUCGACCAGCUGCGACAGGAGAAAUGCAAGCUGGAGCAAACACUCGAGCAAGAGCAGGAGUGCCUUGUUAACAAGCUCAUGCGCAAAAUUGAAAAGCUCCAGGCGGAGACUGACAACAAGCAGACAAACCUCGAACAGCUCCGUCGUGAAAUGGUCGAGCUGGAGAACACACUAGAGCAGGAGCAGGAGGCUCUCGUGAACAAGCUGUGGAAGCGUAUGGAUAAACUGGAGACAGAGAAGCGUUCGUUGCAAAUCAAGCUGGAUCAGCCCGUCUCCGAUCCGACCACGCCACGAGACAUCUCAAACAAUGCCCAUGCUAACGGCGGCGAUACGGCCACCAGUUUGAGUGCUCACAUCCAGACUCUGCGCUCGGAAGUGCUGCGUUAUCGUUCGGAUUUGGCCGCUGCCCAGAAAGAGGCCACCAUCAAAACGCAGCAGUAUGCACAGGAAGAGAAAUCCAUACGGGAGGAGAAUGCCCGCUUGCAGCGUAAGCUAAAGCAGGAGGUGGAACGUCGGGAGGCCCUGUGCCGGCACCUUUCCGAGUCGGAAUCCUCACUAGAGAUGGAUGAGGAGCGCUUUUACAACGAAAACCUGAUGGCUGGCGGUUCCUUUGCAGUAGCAAAUGCGGCAGCGGCGGCCGCAGCAUCGGCUGUCAGUGCCCAGCGGCAGCGCACCAUCAGUAGUCCCGUCUCCCACAGUCCCUCGAGCAGCCGGCCCCUCAGUCCGGGCAAUGCGGUACAAAACCGUUGCUACGCCUGCGGCCAGCUUGUGAAUCGUCGUGCUAGCGAACGCUUUAUCAAGCCAGCACUGCCAACGCCCAUGCUGGGCCUAAACACUUCCGCACCCAAUGUGCUUACAUCUACGAACCCCCUGCUCGGCAUCAUGGGCACCGGCGGCAGCUCCUCUUCGUCGGCUUCUGUGUCAGCUGGGAAUGCCGCAGGCGGCUUUCUCUCGAAUUUAGGCGGCGAACGCCUUAGUUUGGGUUCGAUGCCUUCGUCUGGCGGCAGUGCCACCUUUCUGGCUGGAGGGGGUGGAGGAGGACUGCUGGCACAGCUCACCGGUAACUCCAGUGCAUCGUCGUCGUCGUCCAAUUUGAUGAACAUCAGCCUGAACAACUCGUCCAGCGGCAACCUGGUCAACAGUAGCAGCAACUCCUCACUGUCGGCGUUCACGCCAACCAAUCCGCCCAGCUCGGCGGCCACGGCCUUCAUCCAGCCAGCCAGUCCAAUGGACACGUCCACCUGCAAGGAUUAGGAGGAUGCAGGUGCUCUGCCACCGGGAUACAGAAGGAGGUCAUGACUUAUUUUCACUUUCACACACUACACGAAAACACACACUAUAUUCAUAAACACGCACGCAUGCAAGCCACCAGUUUAACGACGGUAAAAAAGUAAGAAAACAUAGAGAAAAGUUGAGAAAGUAACUAUCGUAAGCUUCUCCAAGGCGCGACUCAAAGUCGCCUCAUUUAUAUAUGGUUAAUAUGUAUAUGUAUGUUCUAUUUGAUCAAAAUCUCUUAAAAAACCUUUCAAUAUUGGAAUUCCUAAGCGAACGAAUAUUUAACGCUAAUGUUUAAGAUUUAAAUGUUUUCUACUUUCGCUCGGUUCCAGUUAAAGUUAAGUGAAACACAUCUGAUAAUGAGGAUUUGGAGGAUAUAGAGGAUUUAGAGGAGGAGGAUGGACAGCACACGCUAACCAGAUCGUAUGAAUUUAUAAAAACAGUGAAUUCUAUUCAUGUCGAAACCAUUUUCCCACAAUUCCUUUGCAUGUGGGUCUAAAAAUUUUGAAGUAUGUUUAUGUAAGCCAACAAAAAUAAAGUUCAACAAUUUAAAAUUAAAACAA